UCGGUGCCGGAGACCGCGGCUCGGCACGCAGGCGGCGCCCGAGCCUCCGCUCGUCCGCUGGCCCGCGCGCCCGGCCGCCAGCCUCGGCCGCCCGCCACCUCGCGUCACGGCCGCUGCGAGAUCCGCCGCACCACCGCUCACCCUCCAGGUUUUGCACCUUUCUGGGAAAACAGCAAAAGAAGGAGUUUAUGAGCUAUUGUGUCAUUUACCCAAAUAGCCUAUCAGUGGCCACAGACCACAAACAGACUGUCCCAAGGAGAAAAGCUACAGGUAUCUGAGGAUAAACCAAUAUAAAACAGCUCUGACCAGACAGCUAGCAUAGAAUACUGACUCAGAGGUACAAGUAUCUACUGCCUGCCUCGCUGAUAGUUUCACACAUUGCUGAUAUCUGGUGGCCAGCUUCAGGUGGACUCUUCCCUCUUUGUCUGCAUUUUUCUGUUUAAACCUGCUUCAUGAAAUGGAAUGAAGUUGAACAGUCCUUCUUUUUCCUUCUUUUGUCCUUCUUUGCCUGUGAUGCUCAGAGAACAUUGGGAUGAUUUCACAUGCACAUAACUAGAACCCUUUCUGCAGCGAUGAGUUCAGACGAGAAGGGCAUAUCCCCUGCUCAUAAAACAUCCACCCCGGCCCAUAGAAGUACGUCAUCAUCCGCGUCCUCUCAGAGAGAAAGUCGGCAGAGUAUCCACAUACUGGAGAGAACUGCUUCCUCUAGCACAGAGCCUUCUGUAAGUCGGCAAUUUCUAGAACCUGAGCCGGUUCCCCUCUCCAAGGAAGCUGACAGCUGGGAAAUUAUAGAAGGCCUGAAAAUAGGCCAAACCAAUGUCCAGAAACCAGACAAGCAUGAGGGGUUUAUGCUGAAGAAAAGAAAAUGGCCUUUAAAAGGCUGGCACAAGAGAUUUUUUGUCCUGGAUAAUGGAAUGCUAAAGUAUUCAAAGGCACCACUUGAUAUUCAGAAAGGGAAGGUUCAUGGGAGCAUAGAUGUUGGACUGUCUGUCAUGUCAAUUAAAAAGAAAGCGCGACGAAUAGACCUCGACACAGAAGAGCACAUCUAUCAUUUGAAGGUGAAAUCCCAGGACUGGUUUGAUGCUUGGGUCUCCAAACUCCGCCAUCACCGAUUGUAUCGUCAGAAUGAAAUUGUGAGGUCACCAAGAGAUGCUGGUUUUCACAUAUUUCCUGCAACCUCUACAGCUGAGUCCUCCCCAGCUGCGAAUGUUUCUGUUGUAGAUGGAAAGGUGCAGCCAAACAGCUUUCCAUGGCAGUCUCCUUUACCAAGCAGCAGUAGCCUUCCUGCUACAUGCACAACUGGCCAGAGCAAAGUGGCAGCCUGGCUACAAGACUCAGAAGAAAUGGACAGAUGUGCAGAAGAUCUUGCACACUGUCAAUCAAACCUUGUGGAACUUAGCAAAUUACUGCAAAAUUUGGAAAUUCUUCAGAGAACUCAGUCAGCACCUAACUUUACCGACAUGCAGGCUAACUGUGUAGAUAUUUCAAAGAAAGACAAGCGAGUCACAAGACGCUGGAGAACAAAAAGUGUCAGCAAAGAUACAAAAAUACAACUGCAGGAAGGGCCACCUGCGAAGGGCCAGUUCAGCACAACUCGGCGCCGGCAGAGGCUAGCGGCAGCAGUGGCUACAACAGUUCCAUUCAGUGCCACCAUGUCACCGGUUCGCCUGCAUUCCUCUAACCCCAACCUCUGUGCGGAUAUUGAAUUUCAGACUCCCCCUAGCCACCUCCCUGACCCUCUGGAAAGUUCAACAGAUUAUACAAAGCUACAAGAAGAAUUUUGUCUAAUUGCACAGAAAGUGCAUUCUCUUUUGAAGUCUGCAUUUAACAGCAUAGCUAUAGAGAAAGAGAAGCUGAAGCAGAUGGUUUCUGAACAGGAUCAUAACAAAGGCCAUAGCACGCAGAUGGCCCGGCUCCGGCAGUCCCUGUCUCAGGCACUCAACCAGAAUGCUGAACUAAGGAGUCGGCUGAACAGAAUACAUUCAGAGUCUAUUAUUUGUGAUCAGGUUGUCAGUGUAAAUAUUAUUCCUAGCCCAGAUGAGCCUGGUGAGCAAAUCCAUGUCAGUCUCCCCCUGUCACAACAAGUAGCCAAUGAGAGCCGCCUCUCCAUGUCAGAGUCUGUAUCUGAGUUCUUUGACGCUCAAGAGGUGCUUCUGUCGGCCAGCUCAUCAGAGAACGAGGCAUCAGAUGAUGAGUCUUACAUCAGUGAUGUGAGUGAUAACAUAUCUGAAGACAAUACUAGUGUUGCGGACAACAUCUCUCGGCAAAUUCUGAAUGGGGAGCUUACAGGAGGCGCCUUCCGGAAUGGCCGUCGCACCUGCCUGCCUGCCCCAUGCCCUGAUACCAGUAACAUUAACUUGUGGAAUAUCUUGAGGAACAACAUCGGCAAAGACCUGUCAAAAGUCUCCAUGCCUGUGGAACUCAAUGAACCACUCAACACCCUGCAGCAUCUCUGUGAGGAGAUCGAGUACAGUGAGCUCCUGGACAAGGCAUCAGAGACAGAUGAUCCAUACGAGCGCAUGGUUCUUGUUGCUGCAUUUGCAGUUUCAGGAUAUUGCUCCACCUAUUUCAGAGCAGGAAGUAAGCCAUUCAACCCAGUCCUUGGAGAGACUUAUGAAUGCAUUAGAGAAGACAAAGGAUUCCGAUUUUUCUCAGAACAAGUUAGCCAUCAUCCACCCAUUUCUGCCUGUCACUGUGAAUCAAAGAAUUUUGUGUUUUGGCAAGAUAUCAGAUGGAAAAACAAGUUCUGGGGAAAGUCAAUGGAAAUUCUGCCUGUAGGAACACUGAAUGUCAUGCUUCCAAAGUACGGAGAUUACUAUGUAUGGAAUAAAGUCACCACAUGCAUACACAACAUCCUCAGUGGGAGAAGAUGGAUAGAACAUUAUGGAGAAAUAACCAUUAGAAAUACCAAAAGCAGUGUUUGCAUUUGCAAACUUACAUUUGUCAAGGUGAAUUAUUGGAAUUCCAAUGUGAAUGAAGUCCAGGGGGUUGUGAUGGAUCAGGAAGGGAAGGUGGUACACCGGCUGUUUGGGAAGUGGCACGAAGGGCUCUACUGUGGCGUGGCCCCCUCUGCUAAGUGCAUCUGGAGACCAGGUUCCAUGCCAACCAACUAUGAGCUCUACUAUGGUUUCACAAGGUUUGCCAUUGAGCUGAAUGAGUUAGAUCCUGUACUAAAAGAUCUCCUUCCACCGACAGAUGCCCGGUUCAGGCCAGAUCAAAGAUUUUUGGAAGAAGGAAAUUUAGAAGCUGCAGCAGCAGAGAAACUAAGAGUAGAGGAACUCCAGAGAUCUCGAAGACGAUACAUGGAAGAGAACAACCUUGAACAUAUACCAAAAUUUUUUAAAAAAGUUAUUGAUGCAAAUCAAAGAGAAGCCUGGGUUUCUAACGACACCUACUGGGAGCUUCGAAAGGACCCCGGGUUUAGCAAAGUAGACAGCCCUGUUCUUUGGUAAACUGGAGACAUAAAGCUAGCGAACAUAUCACACUUUGAAUGAAUAAAUAACUAUGCACAAUUAUGUUUUGUAUAGCUACGCGUGGUUUCUGGGUCGACUGAAAACCUACCAUUUGCUUUUCUAUUCAUCUUUAUAAUGGAUUUUCAAAAGUGCAUUAGACCAAGCCCCUAACCACUUUUGGAUCCUUUCUGUUUUGCUGCAACCAUAUUCCUUAAAAAAGUAAAAAAAAAAUCAUUAUAUUUAUAUAUAUAUAUGCAUAUAUAUACACACAUAUUCCACACCCUCCUCAGAAAGCAGAAUAAAAGGAACAGAAGAUAAAAAUCCAAAUCCUGAAGCUGUAAAGAAAAAUGAACUGCAAUUGGUGCUUAAAGAUGAUGAAGAGUGUUAAAAACAACGUAUAAGCCACAUGUUUGGUCUGUUGUUUGGAAGCACCAUCCCCUUACCAUAGGAGCUCUUGGGCCACUGCAGUAGGGUGGCUCAGAUGUCAAGUGUGUUUUGGAUGUGAUGUGCUCACACUGGCCUCGUCGAAACAGACUUCAUCCUUCCCAGCACCAGUUCCAUCUGUAUGCCAUUUUUCAUGCCUUAAGAAAUGCAAAGAUGUACAAUAAAUCAUUUUUUAAAUGUGAUCUCAUAGGUUUAUGUGAAGGACAGAUUUUUUGAAUCAUGGCAUGAUUCACUACCUUGAUAACAACAGUGAUUCACUUACCCUAAUUGGAUUGAAUAAAUGAAUAACCUGUGCUUUACUUUAAGUCAAUUACAAUGUGGUAGAUCUAAAGGGAAAAGAAGGGAAAGAUAUGCUCAGUAGAUCUCUGUGUUCAAGAUGCUCAUUAAAUUUCUGUCAGAUAAUAAACAAUCCCUCUUCCCUCCAACUUCAUUGUGCCCCAUUAUUUAGUAAAACCUGUAUUUGAUUUGGACAUUUGUCAUCAGUGUUAAACCUUUGGAAGGAAAUAACAAAAAUGCCUCUGGAA